CAGCAACAGUUUCACCAACAGCAGCCUACACAUGUAUAACCUGCAAGAUAUCCCCGCCAGUAGGAAGAAUGUCGUUGUAGGUGAUGGUCGACUGCUACAAGUGCAAGCCAUCGGUAGUAUUAAUCUUAGUUUCUUUCAGGAGGAUGAGAAUGGUGAGAAAACGACGAUGUGUGUGAAGCUCACUGACGUGUCUGUUGUAGAGAGCCUGAGUUUCAACUUGUUCUCAACGCAUGCUUUUUCUCUGAAGCAACCAAUCCUCUACGACGAACGUGGUGCAACCCUACAAAAUGGGCUGCUCUUUGCUAGAGAGGAAAAAGCGUCUGCAGCAUAUGCCAUGCGGUUGCCGUACGACCCAUCUGCGACUAUUGUAGGCCCUGCUGCUUUGCCCGCAUUCGUGACUGCCCCCGAUUCCGCCCCCGCCGUUGGCUCCGCGCGUUCCCCUUCCCAAAAGGGGGGCUCCGCAAAAUCAUUGGUCAUUGAUGGGGGUGCUGAUUUUGACUUGGGUGCGGCCGCGCUUGGCCCUGGUGCGUCCCGGUUUGCUCUUGGUUCGACUGAAAAGUCCGUUGACAUCAACCGCUUCCACCGCUCCUUUGCCCACGCUUGCGAGCCUCUUUUGAGAGAAACUGCCCAGCAGAGAGGCAUCGUGCUCACCGGCAAGCUGGAACCGUGCACGGACUGCAUGAAGGCGAAGGGCAGGCGAGGGUCGGUGCCGCGGGGGCCGGGAGCGAGGGCGUCCAAGCCUCUCGGGCGUGUUCACCUGGACCUGUGUGGACCGCUGGUGCCUUCCCUGGGCGGCAACCUCUACCUGUUCGUCGCCGUGGACAGCGCCUCGCGGUGGAACAAGGUCUACGGUCUCCGGCGGAAGUCCGACGCGCUGGCGGCAACGAAAAGGCUGCUGGCGGACGUGGGGCGGUACGACCUCGGACGCAUCGAGUGUUUCCGCGUCGACAACGGCACCGAGUGGACCCGCGGCGAUUUCCGGCGCUUCUGCGACGACAACGGCAUCGGCGUCGAGUUCACCCCGCCUGGCGUCCCGCAGUACAACGGCGUCGUCGAGAGCGCCAUCUGGCGGAUCAUGAAGGCCGGCAUGGCCGCCCGCCGCAGCGCUGGCCGUGUGUUCCACGUCGACUUCGCCUCCAUCCCCGGCCUCGACGAGCGUGGUGACCGUCUUUGGAUGGAAUCGGCGAAGUGGGCCGCCGACGCUCUCAACCAGUCGGCGACCAAGGCCAACCCCGGGCGGCGCUCGCCACACGAGGUGUUCACCGGCGAGCAGGGGCCAUUCCGCGUGCUGCCGUUCUUCCAGCCCGGCUUCAUGCGACUCAUCUCGAUGCUUGACAAGAAUACUCUGGUGUCGAUGCUGGAGGCUCGGGGCGCGGUGGACGAGGAGCGCAGGGAGCUGGGGGGGGCGAAGGCCGAGAGCCGGGGGGAGCGAGGACCGGAGGGCAGGCGGGAGCACUCGCAGCUGUGGACCCGGGGGCCGGAGGAGCGGGCUUUCUACUCGCAUUUGCCACGCUCCUCGCCAACCGGGAAGACAUCGACGCCACGCUGCGAGACCAGCGCCCGCCGGAGCAAUGCCUUCACCUUCCUGAUUGCCAGGUGGACGAUUUCUCAGCAGACUUUCACGGAUGAGCUAGCACCAGAAUAUGGAGUAGUGGGACGUAAGAGCGUUCCGAUGUCUUCGGGUGUGAAGCUUUCUGAUUUUGAUGCGGAUGAGGGAUACGCUGAUGCGGACUUUGCAAGCAAGGCAGCAGACCGUAGGUCGGGGUACGCUGAUGCGGACUUUGCAAGCAAGGCAGCCGACCGUAGGUAUGUAUCAGAGGGGAUCGUGACGUGUGGAGGAGGCGCUAUGUCUUGGUUUUCCAGAACGCAGAAGUGUGUCACGCUUUCGACCACCGAAGCAGAGUACGUCGCGCUAGGUGACGUAGUGAAGGAGAUUUUGUUUUUGAGGCAGAUUUGGCGUUUCAUGUUGCCGCAGGUCGGCAUGCCGUGCAUCCCCAUCUUCGAGGACAACCAGGGGGCCAUUCAACUAGCGCAGAACCCCAUCUGAAACUCGAACUCGAAGCACAUAGAUGUAAGGCAUCGUUUUCU